CUCGUACAACAACUAAACAAAAACGCGGACUCCGUUUCGAGCAACAACAAAAACGACCAAACCUGUGUGAUUAAACAAAGCGAGAAACAAUAAAAAGAAAAGAAGAGAGUGGAGAACAAAAUAAGGGGUUUCCAGUCCCAGUCUCCAGUCUCCAGCCGCAUUCCAUGAAACAGAACCCAGAAAUCAAAACAGAGAACUGAGAGCCCCCCUAAUGAUUUCUAGCUGGCACACAAAUGACGAAUUAUGAGAACAUUAUAAAUUUGCCAUUAAACUUUAAUGCAAAUAAUCACGCCAGUAAUAAUGAGAACAAUGCCAAAAUUGGCGAGCAGCUGCUGAAUAAGAUGUCGCAGCGGGAUUUCUCCGAGAAUGAGCCGGAAUGCACGCCGGAGUUGCCCGCAGCGAACCGCGCCCUUUUCCUGGAGAAGGUGCGUCAGUCGAACGCCGCCUGCCAGAGUGGUGACUUCGCCACGGCGGUGCUGCUCUACACGGAUGCACUGCAGCUGGAUCCGGGCAACCACAUCCUGUACAGUAAUCGAUCGGCGGCAUUGCUGAAACAAGGACAAUUUGCAGCCGCCUUGCAGGAUGCCACGCAGGCGAGGGACUUGUGUCCCAAGUGGCCAAAGGCGUACUUCCGCCAGGGCGUGGCGCUCCAGUGUCUCGGACGUUAUGGCGAGGCUCUGGCCUCCUUCGCCUCCGGUUUGGCCCAGGAACCGACCAACAAGCAGCUGAUGGGCGGCCUGGUGGAGGCCUCUUUGAAGAGUCCACUACGAGUGGCCCUGGAGCCCACGUUGCAGCAGCUGCGCACCAUGCAGCUGCAGGAGUCGCCGUUUGUGGUCAGCUCGGUGGUGGGGCAGGAGCUCCUCCAGGCCUCCCAGUAUCCUGCGGCUGUGUCCGUCCUGGAGGCUGCCCUCCGCAUCGGCAGUUGCUCCCUUAAGUUGAGGGGUUCCGUCUUCAGCGCCCUGAGUUCCGCCCACUGGGCUCUAAAUCAAUUGGAUCAGGCAAUUGGCUAUAUGCAGCAGGAUCUGGCAGUGGCCAAAUCCCUGGGCGACACGGCUGGUGAGUGUCGGGCACACGGCAACCUGGGUUCCGCCUACUUCAGCCAGGGAGCCCACAAGGAGGCACUAACGGCGCAUCGCUAUCAAUUGGUUUUGGCCAUGAAGUGCAAGGAUACGCAGGCGGCAGCGGCGGCAUUGACAUCACUGGGUCACGUUUACACGGCUAGCGGGGAUUACCCCAAUGCCCUGGCCUCCCACAAGCAGUGUGUGCAGCUGUUCAAGCAACUGGGAGAUCGAUUGCAAGAGGCUCGGGAGAUUGGCAAUGUGGGUGCGGUGUACUUGGCCCUUGGAGAGUGUGAAGCUGCCUUAGAUUGCCAUUCGCAGCACCUGAGAUUGGCCCGCAAGCUGCACGACCAGGUGGAGGAGGCCAGGGCGUACUCUAAUCUGGGUUCUGCCCACCAUCAGCGGCGACAGUUCACUCAGGCGGCUGCCUGCCAUGAGCAGGUGCUCCGGAUUGCCCAGGCUCUGGGGGAUCGGUCCAUGGAGGCGGCCGCCUAUGCGGGAUUGGGUCAUGCGGCGCGUUGUGCUGGCGACGCCAGUGCCUCAAAGAGAUUCCAUGAGCGUCAGUUGGCCAUGGCCCUUGCAGCAAGGGAUAAACUGGGAGAGGGCAGGGCGUGCUCCAAUCUGGGCAUUGUCUACCAGAUGCUAGGCUCCCACGAUGCGGCGUUGAAGCUGCACCAGGCGCAUUUGGGGAUUGCCCGCUCCCUGGGCGACCGGACGGGCAUGGGCAAGGCCUAUGGGAACAUGGCCAGGAUGGCGCACAUGGCGGGGAACUAUGAGGCGGCGGUGAAGUACCACAAACAGGAAUUGGCCAUCAAUCAGGCGGUGCACGAUCGCAGUGCUGAGGCAGCUACGCAUGGGAAUCUUGCGGUGGCCUAUCAGGCUCUGGGUGCCCAUGAUGCGGCCCUCACCCACUAUCGGGCUCAUCUGGCUACUGCCAGAUCCCUGAAAGACACCGCCGGCGAGGCGUGUGCCCUGCUUAACCUGGGAAACUGCCUCAGCGGGAGGCAGGAGUACGAGGAGGCGGUGCCACACUACGAGAGCUACCUGAUGCUCGCCCAGGAACUGGGUGACGUGGCUGCCGAAGGGAAGGCAUGCCAUCUGCUCGGCUACGCCCACUUCUCGCUUGGCAACUAUCGGGCGGCGGUAAGGUACUAUGACCAGGAUUUGGCCCUGGCCAAGGACGCCCAGCAUCGUCCGAACAUGGGAAGGGCCUACUGCAAUCUGGGUCUAGCCCAUCUUGCCCUGGGACACACAGCCGCCGCCUUGGAGUGCCAGCAGCUGUUUCUAGCGGUGGCCCAUGCCACCAACCAACUGCCGGCGAAGUUCAGGGCCCUGGGAAACAUCGGAGAUAUUCUUAUCCGCACGGGAUCACAUGAGGAGGCCAUCAAGCUGUUUCAACGCCAAUUAGCAUUAGCCAGAGCUGCUGGAGAUCGUUCGAUGGAGGCGGCGGCCUGUGGUGCCCUGGGAAUGGCUCAUCGGCUGAUGCGACGCUGGGACAAGGCACUGGGUCAUCACACUCAGGAGUUGACGCUUCGCCAGGAGCUGGGUGACCUAUCCGGCGAAUGUCGUGCUCAUGGACAUUUGGGAGCUGUGCACAUGGCCCUCUGCAGCUGGACAAACGCCGUCAAGUGCUACCAGGAGCAAUUGGAGAGGGCACAGGAGCAACGGGAUGCUGCAGUGGAAGCCCAGGCACAUGGCAAUCUGGGCAUUGCUCGUCUGAAUAUGGCUCACUAUGAGGCGGCCAUUGGCUGCCUGGAGGCUCAGUUGGGCACCCUGGAGCGAGUGUCCCUGCCAUCCACUCAGGCGGAUCGUGCUCGAGCCCUGGGACAUUUGGGAGAUUGCUAUGCCGCUCUGGGAGAUUACGAGGAGGCGUUGAAGUGUCAUGAGCGGCAGCUUCAGCUAGCACUUGGUUUGACAAGCCACCGGGAUCAGGAGCGCGCCUAUCGAGGAUUGGGUCAAGCUAGAAGGGCACUGGGACAACUGCCGGCUGCUUUGGUGUGCCUGGAGAAACGGCUGGUGGUGGCACACGAGCUGCACAGUCCAGAGAUCAAGGCACUGGCCUACGGAGAUCUUGGACACGUCCAUGCCGCUUUGGGGAAUCAUACCCAGGCUUUGAACUGCCUGGAACAUCAGCGUGAGCUAGCACAGGGCCUUCAGGAUCGAGCUCUGGAAUCAGAUGCCAUGUGUGCCUUGGGACAGGUGCAACAGCGAAUGGGUCACCACUCGGAGGCACUAGACCUGCACCGGCAGGAUCUGCAGAUCUGCACGGAACUCUCUGCGCCCGCCCUGCAGGCCAGGGCCUUGAGCAAUCUGGGAUCAGUCCACGAAUCUCUGGGCCAGCAGGCAGAAGCCCUCAAGUGCUAUGAACGGCAAUUGGAGUUGAGCUCUGAUCGCUUGGCCAAGGCGAUGGCGUGUUUGGCCCUGGGCAGGGUUCACCAUCAGCUGGAGCAGCAUGGUCAGGCGGUGGACUAUCUGCGGCAAGGAUUGGCCAGUGCACAGUCCAUGGGAAAGUCAGAGGAGGAGGCCAAGAUAAGACAUCAAUUAGGUCUUGCCCUUCGCUCCUCUGGCGAUGACGAAGGAGCCCACCUCCAACUGGAAACCGCCGCUCAGCUGCUGGAAUCCGUGCGCCAUGAACAGCGAAGUCCGGAGACGCGACAGGCACUCUAUGAUCUGCAGACGAGCUGCUACCAUCUGCUCCAACUGCUCCUGGUGGCACUGAAUCGCAACGAGGAUGCUUUAGUGGCCGCCGAGCGUUGCAAGGCUCGUGGAGGAGCCGAUGCCGUGAGCGGGGAGAGCUCCAAGGUUCCAUUGGCCAACAGUGAGGCCAUCCAGGAGACGGUGAACCGGGGAAGGAUGCCCGUACUGUACUACAGCUUGGCUGGGGAGCAACUGUUUGCCUGGUUGUUGCAACCACAAACCGGAAUCGUGCGAUUCCAUGCCGCCAAGAUAGAUGCCCACAGCUUGCAGCUCCCACUAUCCCUCAGCGAGGAGGAGGAGGAACUGGAAAUGCAAAGGGAAUUGGGAUUGGACAGGGAACGCGAUCAGGGAGAAGACCAAGCGCAAGCCAAUGGUUUACUGGAACGUUAUGUGAACUUAGUAAGAGAUAAUCUGGGUGUAAACUCUCAGAGUCUCCUUCACGAAGGCGAUGGUAGUGGAUGGCGAGCCAGCACGGAGCAGCUGCUGGAAGAUCUGCCUGGAGCUGGAGGAUCUGGUGGAGGAGGAUUUCUGCGCAUGGUGAGCCGCAAUCAGCUGCUUAACUCCUCGAACUAUUCCCUGAGUUCCCUUUUCUCGGUGGGAUCGGUGGGUGGCUCAGUGGCCAGUCUGCAGGGUUCCACACGAUCAGUGGGAAGUCGUAGCUCCCGGCGAGCUCCAGCCCUGCCUGCCUGGCGAGGACCAUCCUGUCUCCACACCUUGUACAAUCUGCUACUAGCUCCAUUUGAUGAUCUACUGCCUGCUGGAGGAGCAAAUGCCAGCAGACAGGGCAGAAGGGAACUUAUCCUGGUACUGGACAGCUCGCUGUACUUGGUACCCUUUGCCAUUCUGCGGGCAGCUCGAGAGGAUGGGGAGUAUCUGUCCGAGCGAUGUGCCAUUCUCACCGCUCCCUCACUGCAAUCUCUACGCAGUCGUCCAAAAACCAGAAGGGAUCGAGCUCGUCCGCCCAAAGCGCUGGUGGUGGGAGGACCACGUAUUCCGUCUGCCCUCGCCGAACGCUGGGGUUGGGCUGGAGCAGAAUCACCGGCAGCCUUGCAAGAGGCCGCGAUGGUGGCAGAUAUGCUACAGGCCACCAACCUGGCCGGUUCCAACGCCACCAAAGAGUCGGUUUUGGCGGAACUUCCGUCCGCCGAUUGUGUCCACUUUGCGGCCAAUCUCAGCUGGCAAUCGGGUGCUGUGGUCUUGAGUCCCGGCGAUGUGGUCACGGCUGAGCAGCAGGAGCAGCAAGAGGAACCACAUGAGCCUCAAAUGGCGGACUUCACCCUGGCAGCCGCGGAAUUACGCCAGUUGAGACUUAGUGCCCGUCUGGUGGUGAUGAGCUCGUAUCAUUCGGUGGAACCCAUCACUGGUGCCGGAGUGGCUCAACUGGCAGGCGGUUGGCUUCUGGCCGGAGCUGGAGCUGUGCUUAUUUCCCUAUGGCCCGUUCCGGAAACGGCGGCCAAGAUUCUCUUACGCGCCUUCUACUCCGCCUUGUUGCAGGGUGCCCGAGCAGCCCGCGCCUUGGCGGAAGCCAUGCAAACGGUGCAGCACACAAAGCACUUUGCCCAUCCGGCCAACUGGGCUGGUUUCCUUCUGGUGGGCAGCAAUGUCAGGCUGUCGAACAAGGUGGCCAUGGGCCAUGCCCUCUGCGAACUACUCCGGACUCCAGAGCGCUGUCGGGAUGCACUGCGAGUCUGCCUGCACCUGGUGGAGAAGAGUCUGCAGCGGAUUCACCGCGGCCAGAAGAACGCCAUGUACACCACCCAGCAGAGCAUCGAGAACAAGGCUGGUCCGGUGGCCGGUUGGAAGGAUCUGCUGAUGGCUGUGGGCUUCCGUUUCGAACCAGCCGCCAAUGGAAUCCCGUCCAGCGUGUUCUUCCCCCAAGCGGAUCCCGAGGAGCGACUGUCCCACUGCUCGGCUAGUCUCCAAGCUCUUCUCGCCCUGACACCGGCUACUCUGCAGGCUCUGGCCAAGUUGGUGCACGUAAAUAGUGCCGAGUAUGCGGAGGACAUCAUUGCCGUGAUGCGCAAUAUUCUGGCCCAGUUCCCGGUCUCAAAUGCGCCAAUCACCGGCUCCAGUUCAAGUUCUAUAAAAACGGAAGUGAUCGCCGAGACUUGCUUCAUCGAGAUGCCGUUGAGUGUGAGACUCUGGAGGGUAGCUGGUUGCCAUGAACUGCUGGCUUCCGUUGGCUUCGACCUGACGGAGGUGGGUGCUGACCAGGUGGUCCUGCGCACUGGAAAACAGGCCAAUCGCCGUCAAUGCCAGUUUGUGCUUCAGGCACUUCUCGCCUUGUUUGACACCCGUGAGGCGCCCAAGAACGUGGGAAUGGGUCCAGACUCUGACCACAGCAGCAGCUGUGAGUCCUUGGCAGAGCCGGAAAUGGAUGCACCACCACUUCCGCCGGCGGCCAGCAGCACUCCCUCAGUGAACGGCGGUAAUAAGGCUCCACUACCGCUGCACCCACGCAGUGCCUUCAUCUCAUAUGUCCGACGUCGUGGAGAGCCGGACGGCGGACGAACCGAAGCCAUCGGUGGAGCAGGAAGUGCUUUAAAUGGCACCUUGGAUUCCAGUUUGGCCAACACCACCGAUAGCGAGCAUUCCCUGUCCGAUGGCUAUGCUACGCAGGGGGGCUUUGGCCUGUCCAAUCCUCGACUGGGCUAUGCCAGCAUGCGUGCUCCGGUUAGGGUAUCCAGACCCGGAGGCGGUGGUGAGAGUGAUGCCGCCUUUACGCCCAGUCCACCAGUGACCGAUCCCAGUUUGUCACUGGCAUUGGCCCACCAGACGCGCAUUAGGAGUCUAUACUCCCAGACUAGUUCGGCUGCAACAGCUCCGCCGGCAGCGACAACCAUGAGUAGGAGACCGGAUAGUUCCAGUUCGGCCAGCAGCACGACGGAUUGGGAGGGAUCCGGACAUGCCACGGUCCUGAGACGCGGAGUAAGUGCAGCAAUGCCCCAACAGCAGCCACCUCUGCCACCACCAAGACCACCAACCUUCCACAAUUUGGGCGUGGGUCCAGGAGGACGUAGCAAGCCCAAGAUCAAGCUGGGAAGUGCGCAGAGCUCUCUAGCCGCUCGCGUUAACAAGGAACAUGCCCUCUUCAUGGACAGGUUGAGUGUAAGGACGGAAUUGAGCACACCUGGAGGAGGUAACUCCAUGAACGGCGGAUCUGCCGCUAGAAAACCCCUCGCCCUGCCCGAGGAGGAGGAGGUCUCCAGUGUGGUCUUCAGUCCAUCCAGCUUGUACUUCUCGCAAUCGGACGCCGAUUUGCUCAACGAAACCAAGCAGGAGGAGGCUCCGCCGUCUUCGAAGUCGAGUGCCAAGAGCCUGCAGGACAGCAUGAUGCGUCACAUGAACCGCGAACUGACACCCAGCAUAUCGGAGAUGUAUCACGAACGUAAUCUGAAUUUGGGAAUGGCUCCGCCGCUGUCCAAGCUGCUGUUGAGUCCCAACUAUGAGGAACAGGAGGUGGUCUCCAUUUCAGAGGGCUGUCCACCAUCAGCUGCUGGCCUCAAAACUCUGGUGGAUGCUGUAAGCGAGUUAGAACUGAGUGGCAGCUCAUCCGGAGCCACCAUGCCCACGGUAGUGGGUGGUGGGGGAAAUGAAGUGGAGGUAUCCACGGCCACUAUAGUAGAAGCCACCUGCCCCAUUUGCGGUGAUCCCGCCGACGUCAUCUGUCGCUGCAAGGCAGCCACCAUUCAGAAGAAGAGCAUCCUCAAGCCCUGGCUUAGUAAUGUACCGGAUAGCAGCUUGGUGCAGGCCAGCGAACUGACCACAGCGGAUAUCUUGGAGCGUCGUCUGGAGAUUCACUCGACCAGCUCAGCAGCUCCCUACUCCGUUGAUCUUUGUCGACGCGAUGAGGGCGAUGGACGAUCUGUGGCGGAUUCUCAGUGCAGCAGCAACUACAAACGAGUGCUGGCGAACGCUACCGGAGGAGCAGUUAGCCUGGUGGGAAUCGCAAAUGGAAACGAAGUAGAAAAGCAGAUGGCCACUUCGGUGGCAACCUGUUCAUCUGCCCGCCUUGUCUAGACCUAUUUUAUCCCUAGAUUCCCUUAAUUUAUUAUUGCAUGUAUUUAUUGUUUUCAUAGUCCUCAAAAAACUCAUUUUACUGAUAACUUAUCUUCAUAACCAAGCCACUGAUUAAAAUUUAUUCAAUUAUGUAUGUAAGUUUUUAAUAAGAUUCCCCUAAGAUAAUAGAUUUUGUAGAAUAUGACUUAGCAAAAAUAAAUUGUUAUAAUAAAUAUUUAAAAAAGUAAAUGUCGUUUUAUUAAGUCAAAUCUGAUUAGCAAUUUAAACCUGAUCUGUUGUCUGGGAAAGAAUUCCGCUGGGAUUACUUUUGGAAAUUCAUUUAAAAGGGAGAUUAAAUGAUCUAUUACCUUUCCCAACAUUUUAACCGCCGUCUGUGAACGCAGAGAAGUAAUUCUGGGAUUUGGUAACUAAUGUAACUAAUUUUAUUUUGUUUUUCUUAGUUUUUUACAGGUUUUAAUAAUUUAUCUUU